AUGCCGCCUCCUUCACCUCCUUCCCCAUAUCUCUUUCUUUCCUCUCCUCCCCUCCAACUUCCCAAAGCACAACCACUCCCCAACUUAAGUCUACCUUUCUUGUCAUCCAAAAUGUCAAGUUCUCGCCAAAGGAAAGGGAAAGAACCAUUGGUUGUCUCAAACGAAGAGGAUGCACGCUCCAAAGGUCGCUCGACGUCAAGGACUAGCGGUAGCGAGACGACCACUGGGAAGCUGUUGAACCUCAGCAGCAGCACGACCCUGGGGGAGUCCUCCGGCAACGACAUCAGCGUCGAGAAGGUGUUCCCGGAGGGGAGGAUUCUGGAGGCGCCCAACCUUCGCGUCUAUACCUUCGUCAAGCUCCGGAGCUCCACUAGGAACUUCAAGCCCGAGUCCUUUCUCGGAGAGGGUGGAUUCGGGAAGGUGUAUAAGGGCUGGGCGGAGGAGAAGACUCUCAAUCCUUCCAUGAGCGGCGUGGGCACGUUGGUGGCCGUGAAGAAGCUCAACCCUGAAAGCGUGCAGGGGCUGGAGGAGUGGCAGUUUGUAUUAGAAAUCAGUAAUGCCCAAUUUGUAGAUAGUUUCAAACAUGUAUAUUUUGUUAUUGGAUACUGUGGCUUCCAAAUCAGAAGGAACUUUCUAGGGAGGCUUUCACAUCCAAACCUCGUCAAGCUCUUGGGAACUUGA